AUGAGGCCGCAAUUGAUGAAGGGUCACGAGAGGCCGCUGACGUUCCUCAAGUACAAUCGCGACGGCGAUCUGCUGUUUUCGUGUGCCAAGGACCACCAGCCCACCGUGUGGUACACGGAUAAUGGCGAGCGCGUCGGCACGUACAAGGGCCACAACGGAGCCGUGUGGACGUGCGACGUCUCACGCGACUCCAAGAUGCUUAUAACGGCGUCGGCGGAUCAGAGCGUGAAGCUGUGGGAGGUGGAGACGGGCGUGCCGUACUACACCUUCACCAUGGACGGCCCUGCGCGCUCCGUCACUCUCGCGGAGGGCGAGCAGCUCGCGGCGAUCACGGUGGAUCCCUUCAUGGGCAGCGUGCCGGCUAUACACGUGAAGCGGAUCAAAGAGGGCAGCCGAGAACAGGAGGAGGAGUCAGUGCUGCAAAUUACAGGUCCCCAGGGCCGAAUCAUGCGCUGUGUGUGGGGCCCGCUCAACCAGACGCUGAUAGGCACGGGGGAGGACUGCAUCAUCCGCAUGUGGGAUGCUGAGACGGGCAAGUUGCUGCGCGAGACAGAGCCAGAAGUGGCGCACAGCAAGACAGUGACGUCGCUGUCCAAGUCAGCAGAUGGGUCGCACUUCAUCACAGGGUCCUUGGAUAAGUGUGCCAAGCUGUGGGACACGCGCACGCUGCGUCUGCUCAAGACAUACCAGACGGAAAGACCCAUUAACGCUGUCGACAUCUCCCCUCUCUUCGACCACGUGGUGCUGGGAGGAGGCCAGGAUGCUGCAUCUGUCACCACCACUUCAUCGCGAGCAGGCAAAUUUGAGGCCGUCUUUUACCACAAGGUGCUUGAAGAAGAGAUUGGGCGAGUGAAGGGGCAUUUUGGACCGUUGAAUGCUCUUGCGUUCGGCCCUGAUGGACGAAGCUUUGCAAGCGGCGGAGAGGAUGGUUACGUCCGCCUUCAUCACUUCGACAAUGACUACUUCCACAUUCGAGUUUAG